AUGUCGGAAAAGUCAGGCCAGAGCACAAAAGCAAAGGACGGAAAAACGAAGUAUGCAACACUCAGUCUGUUUAAUACUUACAAGGGAAAGUCGCUGGAAACUCAGAAAACCACAGUUGCCGCACGCCAUGGAUUGCAGAGUCUUGGAAAAGUUGCUGUUUCCAGGAGGAUGCCUCCCCCAGCCAACCUCCCCAGCCUCAAAGCAGAGAACAAAGGCAAUGACCCCAAUGUGAACAUUGUGCCUAAAGACGGCACAGGGUGGGCUUCAAAACAAGAACAGCACGAAGAAGAAAAACAGCCAGACGUGCCGCAGACACAGCCAAAACCUGCUGUUCCUGCUCCUCCAGAAGCAGCUCCUGUUGCCAAAUCAUGGGCCAACACCAAACCAGGUGGACAGGAUGGUCCACCUAUCCCAGUAAAUAGUUAUUUCCAGCAAGAAUUUCCCAGUCUGCCGGCAGCUGGGGAUCAGGAAAAGUCAGGCAAAGACAAAGAUGCACCUGAAGACCAUGGAUCAGGACCCAACCUGCGGCCACAAAAUCAAGAUGCUAAGGCUCCGGGUCAAGAAGAUGGGAAUGCCACAGCAGCAGAACAAAGCGAUGGCCAGAAGGCAGGAGAGAAGAGGGAUGUGCGGUUGCCACAGGUCCCUCAGCCCAAGCUGAAUGGCCAGCAGCAGCCACCCAUUUCAUCUCAGUACAGAGCCAUGAUGCCACCCUAUAUGUUUGGUCAGUAUCCCAGAAUGGCAUAUCCUCCUUCCAUGCAAGGUCCAACAAGAUUUCCCAAUUCUGAGCCUAGCAGAGGCCCCAGGGGCAGAGGUCCCCCGUCGUGGUGUUCAGAGCCUAUCGAGCGCCCGUCCAUUCUGAGUGCUAGCGAACUCAAGGAGCUUGAUAAAUUCGAUAAUCUAGAUGCUGAGGCUGAUGAAGGCUGGGCAGGUGCUCAGAGUGAAGUGGAUUACACUGAGCAGUUGAACUUCAGCGACGAUGAUGAGCAAGGAAGUAGUCAAAAAGAGAAGGAAAGUGGUGAUGAGCAAACACCAUCGAAAGAUUCCCAGAGUCCUGAUGGCCAGAAGGAAGCUGAAGAACAGACAAGUGCUAAGUCUGCCACCCAGGUUUCCACAGCAGCAGCCAAAGGGUCUUAUGGCAAAAGCUCUCAGCCUGAGCAGGAUCGAGGUCCACCACAGCCUUCUAUACAUGAAAGAGGUGGUCCUGCUCUUCAUCCCAAAUCUAUUCUACCACCGCACCCUCCUCCCCCUGAUCGCCAGGUGGGACCUGGAAGGCAGGGACCCUUUCCCCCUAAACCAGUCCCAGAUGAAGAUGAAAUUUGGAAGCAGAGAAGAAGACAACAGUCAGAGAUAUCAGCCGCAGUCGAGCGAGCCCGUAAGCGGCGAGAAGAGGAGGAAAGGAGAAUGGAGGAGCAGCGAAAAGCAGCUUGUGCUGAAAAGCUGAAACGGUUAAAUGAGAAAUUUGGCUGCAUGACAAAACCCUCCCGAGAAGACCCUCUGAAAGAGAGAGAAAGGGAGCGAGAACGGGAAAGAGAAAGAGAGAGGGAAAGGGAACGGGAGAGGGAAAAAGAGAGGGAGCGGGAGAGGGAGCGAGAAAAAGAGAGGGAGAAGGAAAAGGAAAAAGAGAGGGAAAGGGAGAAGGAAAAGGAAAAAGAAGAAAAAGAAAAACUGGAGAAGGCAAAAGAACAAGAAGUGGAGAAAGAAAAAGAAAAAGAGGUGGAGAAAGAAGAGAAGGAGAAUGACAAAGAGAAAGAAGAGGAGAAACCAGCACAUGAGGUUCCUGAGCCUGUAGAACCUGUGGCAACACCUGUAGUAGAAAAACAAGAAAGUGAAACCAAGAAUAACAAGGAAGAAAAAGACCAACCAGUCUUUACUCGACAAGACAGUGGUCGGAAUGAGAAGGAGAUUUCACAGGUGACCCAUGAGAGUGAACCAGAUUCAGGAACUCAGCCUCGUCCUGCUGUUUCCUCAGGCUAUUCUAAGCAGUUCCAGAAAUCUUUACCACCAAGAUUUCAGAGGCAGCAGGAGCAAAUGAAACAGCAGCAAUGGCAACAACAGCAGCAAGGUGUCCUUCCCCAGUCUGCUCCCUCCCAGCCUUCCAGUGGCCCUGUGCCCCCUCCCCAGCACAGACCCCUCUACCAGCCCAUGCAGCCACAUCCUCAGCAUUUGGCUUCCAUGGGCUUUGACCCGCGGUGGCUUAUGAUGCAGUCUUACAUGGACCCACGAAUGAUGUCAGGAAGACCUGCAAUGGAUAUGCCUCCUAUUCAUCCAGGAAUUAUGCCUCCCAAACCACUGAUGAGAAGAGAGCAGAUGGAGGGGUCAGCAGCUGGUUCAGAUUCGUUUGAGCACAUGGCUCGCUCAGCACGAGAGCACUCUGUGCCUCUGUCCGAGCCCCGCAUGAUGUGGGGCUCAGACCCCUACCCACACACAGAGUCUCAGCAAUCUGCUUCUCCUCCCAAAGUGUUGGAAGAGCCUGAUGAUUUGAGGUCUGAGGCACGCUUGGAGCAAGAACGAGUUGCUGUCCCUGCUAGUGCUUAUCCUGUAGAACACAACCAGUUGGACUCGCACCCAAAGACCGAAUUUUUCAGAGAAUCAGGAGAGGUAGAGGUACAGAAGUUCCCAAGCAGGCCUUUGGAAGAUGUACAGCCUCUCCAAACUGACACAUCUAACACAGCAGUAAAUUUUGAUGGAGUGAAUGAGAAAGUUACACGUAGCUCUCCAGAUCUGGUGCCUGUGGGGGAAAGUCACUCUUCUCUAAAGAGAAGCAUUUCCCAUGGUUCAAGUCACUCUCUAAAAUCAGAAGACCAGAGGAAUGAAACAGCAGCAAAUAUCCCUAAAUUAAAUACAAGGCCUGUAGAGACAAAGGAGACAAUUGAGAGACUUGAGAUUAAACCGAAAAAAGAAAUUCUGAUCAAUAAUAGAACAUCAGAAGGACCAAAACCUGAAAAAACUUUCAAACCUAAGUCUGAAACAAGGUGGGGUCCUAGGCCAGGGUAUGGCAGGAGAGAUGACGGUGGCGAUAGACCAGUGAGAAGAUCAGGUCCUAUUAAAAAACCUGUGCUUAGAGACAUGAAGGAGGAGCGUGAACAGAGAGAAGAGCGUGAGCAAAGAAAAGAGAAAGAAGGAGAAAAGACAUCCAGCGAAAAACCCACCAAGUCCGAAAAAAGUGACAAAAAGGAAGCACCUCAAGUGCCACUGCCUCAGGCUGAGCAGGAGACAUCGGCCUCCAGCAGCACUCCUGUGGCUAAGAAGAUAAUCCAGGAUGCUGCCCCGGCCGCAGCGAGCCAGGAGAGCAGCCAGAGCGAGGCUGCAGCCAAAGCCCCAGUGCCGCCCCCCACGCCUGUG